GUGUUAGAGGUUAAGGUCUGAGCGCAGAUCCUCUUCAGCACUCAGUAAUCAGAGACACACACAGACGCGGGAACCAACACACACAGGUCAGCGGUGGGCGGAGCACAAGGUGACAAUCGUCUGUGGCGUUUUUUAAGAAUGACCAAGCGGGUUUUGGUGAAAUGGAACGUCCUUGCGUGCACUCUUGUACUCCUGCAGACGUGUCUCGGGCAGAGGGACUGCACCGGAGUGGACUGUCCACAUCUGGACCACUGCAUUGAGGAGGUUCUGGAGAGCGGAGCGUGCUGUGCCACGUGUCUACAGCGAGGCUGCACGUGUGAGGGGUACCAGUAUUACGACUGCAUCAGGGCCAGAUUUAAAAACGGGAAGGUCCCUGAAGGACAGUCGUACCUGGUGGACUCUGGCAGUACGGAGUGUUCGUGUCCCGCGGGCGGAGGCAGGAUAAGUUGCCGCUUCAUCCCGUGCCCUGAAGUUCCUCCUCACUGCAUCGAGCUCUCCGGGACGACCGAGGCGUGUCCUCACUGCCUGCGCUUUGGCUGCGUCUACGAGAACCAGAAAUACGAAGCUGGCCACUCCUUCCACAUGGAUCCGUGUCAGGUGUGUCACUGUCCCAACGACGGUGGUGACCUGAUGUGCUCUGUGAUUCCUGAGUGUCCCUCAGAAACGCUCAAGAAUCCUGAGGUUAAAGAGAAUGAUCUACAGAUCUCCAAACAUGAAAACGUUAAAGAUGUCCCUGGUCAAGCUAAUAAAUUUCAGAGUAACUCAGUUCCGAUUUACACAGAGAACAGGUCAGAGUUCGAAGAGAGUGAGGACUAUGAUUAUUUCCCAGAAGCCACGACAAGUGCAGAUGCUUCGAUCCAAUCUUCUGCAACUCCUCCGGGUCAGAAUUCGCACGAUGGUUUUCAUGAAGACACCAGAAAGGAGCUUAGAGAGACACUGGGCGUGUAUGACGCAGAAGAAGAUGGAACCGAGGACUCACUAAGCGUUACUACUAUUAAGACAGAUCCGAGACCUUCUGAAAAGUUAUCAUCUCAGACAGAAACAGUGGUUAGACCCACUCGGGCUCCUUCAAAAGAAACCACACUCAAUACCACAGUUGAUUUCGGAAGAACAGAGAAAAACCCUGACGAUGACGAGAACCUUCAGCACGCGAUCCCAGAUCCCAACACUCUUCCUACACCGCAGUUCAUUUCCACCACGUCACCACCAGUGGACUUGUACAGACAGCCAGAAACCCUGGGCAGAUACCACCUGGAGAGAAACGACCUGGAUCUAACACCCGACAACCGGAGAGACACGAGGGAAGUGAGCGUGUGCUGUGUAACUGGUGAAAGCUGGGCCUCCGCUCACGGUCACUGCAACAGCAUGAGGACAGAUCCGGGUUCCAGCUGUGGGUGGGUUCAGAGGCAGUGCUGCCUGAGAGCGCUGAGAGACGCACACUGUUCGUCUGGAAUAAACACGGCGAGACGAGGGAGCGACUGUGGAGCCGACGCCGCUGACCUCUGUGACUCGCACACGGACUGCUGUAGGUGUUGUACACUCGGUCUGCGUCUGCGAGCACACAGAGAGUCAUGUGACCCUCCACGAGGUUUGGGUGACACCUGUAGCCACGCCCUCCUGACCUGCUGUGAGGGCACGAGCACGGCCAAUCAGAGCUCAGUCAGGGAGAGGACACACCCCCAAGGCACCAGCCCACCCAGGAGAGUUUCUGAAGGUGCUGUGCACCAGGCGUUCUCUCUGGAGGAGCUGGAGGACACAGAGAACAUGGUGGAGCAGACGGAGGGUCUGGAGGACGUGGACGAGUGCAGUGUGUACCCCGGGCAGCUGUGCCAUCAUCAGUGUGUCAACACACAGGGGUCGUACGUGUGUGUGUGUUUCCCCGGGUUUGUCCUGCAGCUGGACGGGAUACACUGCCUGCAGCAAGUGGUGGCUGAGGAUGAAGGCAGACUGAGAGGAGACGACACAGCCGGUGCCACCUUGAGACCAGCGGAGACGCCCACCGCUCCAGAUCCCUGUGAAGGAAACGGACACUGCGCUCAGCACUGCCACCCGGUGGAUGGUCGAGCACAAUGCUCCUGUUCCUCAGGAUUCUCUCUGAUGCCUGAUGGACGCUCAUGUGAAGAUAUAGACGAGUGCGCGGCGGGAGCCGAGAGCUGCGGCCCGGGGUUCGACUGCAUCAACACGGACGGCUCGUUCAGCUGCAGAGCCAGACUGAGGUGUCCUGCAGGGUUUACUGUCGACUCCCAGGGCCAGUGCACAGACAUAGAUGAGUGCAGGACAGUAACAGCGCCCUGCAGUCCCGGCUUUAACUGCAUCAACACCGUGGGCUCGUACACCUGCCAGCGCAAGAUCAUCCUGUGUGGCAGAGGCUACCACUCCAGUCCUGACGGCACCAGGUGUAUCGAUACUGACGAGUGUGAAACCGGAGUCCAUCGCUGUGGAGAAGGUCAGAUUUGUCAUAAUCUCCCGGGAACAUACCGCUGUGACUGUCGCCCCGGUUACCAGUACGACACCUACAGGAGGAUGUGUGUAGAUGUGAAUGAAUGCUGGCGUUACUCAGGCAGGCUGUGUGCUCAGACGUGUGAGAACACUCCAGGCUCGUAUCGCUGCUCCUGCACCUCGGGAUUCACUUUAUCCAGCGAUGGCAAGAACUGUGAAGAUGUGAACGAGUGUUUGAGCAGUCCGUGCGGUCACCUUUGUGUUAACGUCUAUGGCUCGUACCAGUGCUACUGCAGACCGGGCUACUACAUCCGUGAGGACGCACACACCUGUGAAGAUAUUGAUGAAUGUUCUCAGAGCAUCGGUCAUCUCUGCGCCUACAAGUGUGUGAACACCCCGGGGAGUUACGACUGCGCCUGUCCCGAACACGGAUACAGCAUGUCUCCGAACCGACGCUCCUGCCACGACGUAGACGAGUGUACGGUCGGAGCUCAUAACUGUACAGCAGAGCAAACAUGCUACAACCUUCACGGUGGAUUUCGCUGUCUGUCCUUCACCUGUCCAACAAACUACCGCCGAGUAUCUGACACACGCUGUGAGCGAGUCAGCUGCAUGAACAUCGCCGAGUGCCAGAACUUGCCGCUGAGGAUCACGUACUACCAGCUCAGCUUCCAGACCAACAUCAUCGUCCCGGCGCUGGUCUUCCGCAUGGGUCCGUCUCCCGCCUUCUCCGGCGACAACGUCAUCAUCAGCAUCAGAAACGGCAACGAGGGCGGCUACUUCAGCCCCAGGAAGCUCAACGCCUACACCGGCGCCAUCUACCUGCAGCGCCAGCUCCCGCAGCCGCGCGACUUCCUGCUCGAUGUAGAGAUGAAGCUGUGGAGGCAGGGCACCUUCACCACCUUCCUCGCCCGGAUCUACGUCUUCAUCACGGCUAACGUCAUCGGCUAACGCUGGAAUCGUACGCUGCUCACACUCCUGACGUUCACUAUUCACACCUAGUCCAAGGGUUCAUUAUUAUUAAUAUUAUUAUUAUGAUAAAAACUUGGAUUUUAUUGCCAUAAAUUCUGCUAUAUUAAAGUUGUAAAUUCACAACCAGCUACUUAACAAAGUUUAUCUGUUUCUAAAGUACGUAAAGUUAUUGUAGGAAAAUGAGUUAAAAGUAAUCACGUGUACAAUCACACAAUCGUUCUGCUUCGCAAAUCCAGUCAAACUUUGUUAAUUAAAUGAUCACAAGCACAAUACAAAUACUUACUUAAAUAAAAAAUAAAUAAAUUACGCUUUUACAAUGUUCACACUGCAUGAAGUGGGCGGAGCCAAGUGUAUCAUUGUGAGGACCAGAGUGGGCGGAGUUGAAAUAAAAAGACCCGUGCUACGACCUGUAGCUCUGAACUAAGGAGUUAAUUUAUAGCAGUCGUGAUGUGUUUGUUAUUGUUAAAGUUAGAGCUUUAAUAACUGUCCAAUAACGAUAAAAGGAUGUCGUAUAAUUAUUACGUUGACAUUAAAAUUCUGAGUUCUGACUUCUGUAGCGCACGAUCACAUGACCAUAUUAUCACACGGCGCUAGUUCCAGCGCUAACAAGGUUUUAACUUAUUCUAAAAUAACACACCUGACCUCGAACAUCUCUUUAUAAUUACAGUUAAUGUCAUGAAAUGUCCUACCGGUCUCACUUUAUUCUCUCUCUUAACGUUAACAAGACAAAAUAAACCUUUCAGCUGGUCAUGUGACCGAGAAACCACAAAGCGUUGUAAACUCUGGCUGUUACACAGCGCUGACACUGGAGACUCCUUCCACGUAUGUUACACACACACACACACACACACAUUCCUCCAAAAUAUUUACUAAUAUAAACCUGCUGCUGUUAAAGAGAAUUAAUCAACACCUUCUGACCAAUCAGAGCGCAGCACUCAGCAGCUGCUUGGGGUAACUAUUGAGUUACUGAACAAAUCUUAACAAUUUGGUUUCUAUUUGCUGUUUUUCUUCUUAUUCCAAUUUAAAAGUCCUAAUCAAAGACAGCUUGAAUAAACAGAAAUGUAAAUGUUUAUGUGCCAUUAAAUAAUUAUCUGCAACUUUUUAUUUCCAUGUGGCUGUUUUUACUACAGCAUUUUUUUAUUGCGCUGUUUAAAAAACAUAAAUAAAUAAAAAGUUUAAAAU